AUGAUUACCACGAUUCUCAUUGUAGGAUUGAUCCUUCUUAUUCUCAGAACAGUUAUCAAUGAUUUCCGCAGUUCCAAUCCUUUGGAAGAGCAAGAAAAAGACGAAACCGUGCUUGCGGGAAAGUUUACCCCACAAACUCUCGCCAAGUACAACGGUUCUGACAACCCUCGGAUCUUCAUCGCAGUGAAGGGCCGGGUGUUUGACGUGACGCAGGGAAAGACAUUUUACGGGCCCGGAGGACCUUAUGCCAAUUUUGCGGGGAGAGAUGCUAGCAGGGGUUUGGCGCUCAAUUCGUUUGAGGAAUCGUGCUUGACACCACUUGACGAGCCCAUUGACGAUUUAAAGGGAUUGACAAAGGAGGAAUUGGAGUCUUUGGAAAACUGGGAGGACCACUUUGAGAACAAGUACAAGGUGGUGGGGACCCUCGGAAAUGAGUAA